AUGAUUUCAAAGCUUGCACCACAGGAAACAAUACAGGAGAUUAAUGAUACCUCCCACAAACUAAAAGCCGAAUUAAUUGAAAUCAAGGAGACAUUGAAGACACUUCCCGUACAGGGGCAUUAUCAAGAUGAAUAUACAAACCAAAGAAUGGCUUCAUUGGAGAACCUUAUGAGUAAUGCGGCUACACGGAGUGAUGUCGAUCUGACAUUACGCGCUACGAAAAAGCUGGAGGAGGAGAUGUGUGAGAUCAAACAAGUAUGUAAGAAUAUCAGUAAUACGGCAUGUCAGACAGAAAUGAAACCCUUGUAUAGUGAUAUAGCUAAAAAGGGAAUGGGUAACCCCAGAUAUCCAAACACAAUUCGUAGCACGCUCCUUGUCUACCCAAAAGAUAAUAACAAUGGAUCUGAUNAUAAACAUCAGUUUGGCUUUCGCAAAGGAACUGACACAACGGAUGCCAUCACCUCAAUGAUUACUAAGGUUAAUGAGCUUCUUACUACUCACCCAUAUGUGCUUGGCAUAAGUUUGGAUAUUGCGGGGGCAUUUAAUUCGGCCUGGUGGCCAAUUAUUCUUUAUAGGAUUAAGCAGAGUAAUUGCCCAGCUUAUUUAUAUAAUCUCAUAAGGGAGUACCUUUCUGACAGAACAUCUACCCUUUGUGUGGGCUCAUUGUCAUUUACUCGCAAGAAUACACGUGGUUGCCCGCAGGGCUCAGUUUUGGGGCCAUUCUUGUGGAAUUUGUUAUUUGAUGAUUUUCUAAAGGUGAAUUUUGGUAAUGACUGGACUGCAGCCUAUGCAGACGACGCAAUGCUGUUGGUGGCGGCCUACUCAAGAGCCGAUAUAGAAUUAAAGGCCAAUUCUAUCCUGACUAAAGUUAAGGCUUGGGGUGACAUGAACAAAUUAAGAUUUAAUACAAAUAAGACUAAGGCCGUUAUUUUCUCCAGGCCAAGAGCGCAACACCUUUAUAAACGUGUACCCACUAUACGCAUGGAUGGUGGUAGGGUGGAAGUGGUUACUUCGCUUAAAUACUUGGGAGUGAUUAUUCACCAUAAGCUUUGCUGGAUUGAACACACAUACUAUAUCUGUGAUAAAACCAAUAAAUUAUUCAAUGCAUUAUCAAAAGUAGCUAAAUCAAAAUGGGGGUUGUGCCCUGAGAUUAUGAGCAUUAUUUAUGACACAGUCUUUUUACCAAUUAUCAGUUAUGCUGUCCCAGCUUGGGAGAAUGCAUUGGGCAAAACGCAUAUUAAUAGGAAACUGUUGGGAGCACAAAGGAGGGCCCUACUGCGAAUCUGUAGAUCCUAUUCUACAGCACCCACCACAUCCUUACAGGUUAUUGCUGGAAAGAUGCCGGUGACCGUAUACUUAGAGAUGGUGACACAGCGUUGGAAAAUGAGGAAGCAUCAGAAUAUUUCUGUUAGUGGUGCGACCUAUGACAACAUAGAAAAUGUGAAUAAGUGUACCCCCUGUGUUCCACCUAAUAGUUGGCCUCUUAUUAAGGAACAGCCUUGGCAGGAUCAGAUUUACAGUGUUUUUACCGAUGGAUCACGGAAUAAUAAUGGCGUUGAAUGUGCAUAUGUAGUUUACAAGGGUAACGAAGAAAUCUACAAUUCCACUGAUAAAUUAGGGAACAAUUGCUCCGCAUUCCAAGCCGAGUUGUGGGCUAUUCGUCAGGCCAUUGGAUGGUGUAACAGGGAUAUAAGUGGUGCCAAUGUAAAUCUGUUUUCGGAUUCAAGAUCUGCUAUACAGGCAAUACACAACUAUCAAUGGAGACAUCCUAUUAUUUACGAUAUCCUUUGUGAAUUAACCAAAAAUAUAAAUAAGUAUUCCAUAGUCUGGGUAAGAGGGCACAGUGGCUUGCUGGGAAACGAACGUGCUGAUGAACUGGCUCGCGCUGCUUCUGUCUCUAAUAGUAACCUGUCCUACACUGCGAUUCCGCAUAGUUACAUUAUAUCCUGUCUGAAAGAUAAAGCUAUCCAUACAUGGCAAGAUUCUUGGAACUUGCAAAACAGCAGUAUUACUAAAGAUUUCUUUCCUGUGGUAUGUUCUGACUCUAAUCUCCCAAUACUGCACAAUAUCACUCAAUUUUACACGGGACAUGGUAGAUUCAUGAGCUAUCUUUUUAGGAUUAAUAAGUCUACUGAGCAAAAUUGCGAGGUGUGCUGUGUUCAGGACGGUGCUAAGCAUUAUUUGCUUCACUGUCCGAUGCUAGAAGAUAAAAGAAGCGCUUUGGUCUCCUUGCUGCCACCAAAUAGGCAUUUACCUGAUAGUAUACAUCUAUUACUGAGGGACAACAAUCUCUUCAUGGCUUUCAAGGACUUGGUAAGCGCAUACUUUAACAGGACUACGAUUAUUUAAACUGUGUUGUUUCACUUUUUGUUUGGUAAUAUAUGGAAGUUGGACCUUCAUGAAUCAUAUUUUAGUCAAGAAGAACUGCUAAUGAAGACCUGCGUGGAAUUAAUGUUUGUGUCCAGCGAUACUUGUUAUUAACAAUUUGACUUUCAUUGUGAUUUUUGCCCUUAUAUACACAUGAUAAUAUUCUUUUCAUUGUUCGUAUUUUAUUCUUCUGUCGCGGUUAGUUGCAACUAAUUAC